UAUGUAAGUCACAAGAACUCCUUCGUAACGUUGAGGAACUGACUUCAUUAACAGAAACUACAAAACGCUAAUCAGUCAGAUUCAAGUUGUUUACAAGCCAUUCCGUAGCGUUUUAGAAAAAGCGGCUAUGACUUUCCUCAAGUUCCUUCUAAUAGGUCUCGUUUGUUACAAGGCUGAGGCAAAAUUCGUUUAUCCCAGGUUCGAUGAAAUCAACAUGGCGAGAACUUUGGAUGAGCGCUCGGGUAAGAUGUAUCCAGUUUUGUGUAAUAUUCGCAUCCUAACAAAAAAUAACCUACAUUAUAAAACAGAUUUCUAGGAGCAAAUGUUUUUCCUUUUCUAGUGAAAGAAUUUAUUUUCCUUUCAUGAUGCCGCGUUGUUAAACUGCUUUAUGUUGUUAAUACAAAGUUUAACAUCUGCUUUGGUGUUUAACUAUAUUCAGCACUUAUCGGAAUCUAGGUGGACGUGAUGAUUUGUUUCGAUCUUGACAUACACAAACGUUAAUGCCUUAUGGCGAAUGAAAUCAUGUAUAAUGGUACCUUAUCUGUUAAAAGUUAGGCGUUUAAUUUACCAGUUUUUCUUAUCAGAGAAACACAAAGUCAACCGCCCAUGAAUGAAACGAAUAUCAGUAUGUCAUUCCAUAGUUUUAAAGGAGUAGUGUUUCUCAUGUGUUUUUCUUUUUUUAAAAAAACUGAACACUGAAGUAUGUGACCAUUCUAUAGUUUUUCUAUAUUUUUUCUUUUUUUCCCGAUAUUUUUCGAUAGGCACUGUGAGUAAUGGUUUGUUCCAUAUUAUCAAGGAAAGACUUGGCUAGCUCCAAACAGCUAAAUACUUUAAUUAUUUCCAGGAUGAUGACCCAUUUAUUAUACUUAAAUAGCAUUUUUCACGUGCUAUACGUGUGCCUUUUUAUUUUAAACAGUCUUUUCCGGAAAUAUCAUUGAACGAAAUGGUAUCUGGAUAGAGAUAAGGGUAAUCUGCGACAGGAGCCUAUCAAGCUAUGUCUUUCUUUACCAUAUAGUCUUUAUUCAAUAGUGCAUAAUCAACAACUGAAAAUUUCUCGGCCCCUUCCCCCAAUUCAACUUUUACGUCUCCCCCCCCUCCCAAAAAAAAUGCCCGAUCACAACACUUGUUUCUCAGGUGUCGCGGAAACCUUAAGGAAGUUUAUGGGGUGUGUGUGUACUGAGACCUGUAUACAAGACAUCACAAAUCUGAUGAGCAUGAUAAGCACAAAUUUCUGCACUGAAAAUUUGAUCUAAGACCUGCUGGACAUGAAGUGUAAAUAAUAGACAUAAUAGUCACUCUGGGGAAGCGCAGUGAAAAAAGGUUUUCUUUUGAUUGGCUCGUUUUAGUUGCAAGUUAAGGCAAACCCCAUGUGUUCUGAUUGGCUACCCGAGAUCCGCCGAAAGGGCAAGAUGGGUUUAUCUUGCCUGUUCGGGAUCACCCGCUUGGUCCAUAAAGAACCGAUUUAGUUAAUCGCCAAAAAAUAAAUGGCUUAUUGGUCAAGCUCGUUCGCCGAAAAUGACUGAAUAUCGGGUAAGGGGGUGUUGUUAUGAGAAAACUAGCACCGGCGCGAGUUUCAUACCAGUAUGACUUUUUUAUUUCGUAUCGCGAUUACAUGUUGUUUACAUGAUGACUGGGUCAUUUCAUACCUCGUUAUUUGAAGGUACACUUCAUGUUGAUGAAACAAACGUGAGAUUCAACAUAACGCAUGCGCUACCCGUUGCAGUCUACUAGCAGACCGAUUUCACACCGAAACGUGUGGUCGUUUCCUGUUUACAUGAUACCGUUGCGAGAUUUCGUGCCUGAGUGAAAUUCUCGCCCCAGUACAACAACCUGGGUGAACUCACGCCGGGUUAUCAUGUAAACAAAUGUAGAGCCAUGAGAGGGAACCGGAGUGGACUCGUGCCGGCGCCAAAGUCGCUCCGGUGUCAUGUAAACACCCCUUUAAGAUGAAGAUUCCUGUGUUCUGAUUGAUGUGCCCAUCUUGCCCGCUUGAGAUUUCCCUUAUUGUUCCCGCAAGAAAACUUCUCUUUUUGGUCAGAUAAUAAAUCCUUAAUUGACUCAGGCUUGUUCGGUCAAGAUGGCUGAAAAUUGGCCUAGUUCUUUUUUUUUUUACGUUUUUAUUGACCUCGGCUUCGUCUGCGUCAAAUAAAUUGGCAAUAUCCAGCCAUGCUGACCUCCUGCUUGGUCAAUAACGUAUAUAUUGCAUGCCUUUUAGGUGACACAAGGGGAAACUGAGUAGGUGGACCUCGUUACACAUUUCUGAAUAUUGACACUGAAUUUGCCUUUAGAUGGGUGCAAGUACUUUGACCGUCUUUAUGAAGAAGGCGAGGUCAUGAUCCCAACAACCUCUCGAAAAUGCGAAUAUCUGUGCACCUGUCACGUGUACGAGAAUUAUGAAGGCCAGUUUUUCUGCGAACGCCUGUGCCAGCAGUACACUGACUACAUUUGUAGACCAGGAUGGGAGAGUAAGCCUGUAAAUGUGUCCGCGGGACCCCCCGAAUACGGCUGCUUCUGUGAGGAGAACCACUGCGUUCCUUCCUUAGGAAUCGACGCUCUCGUAGCCCGACUGCGAUUGCGGUGAACAUCCAGUCAGGUUUGUUAAACUCGAAGUUACCAACUGUUUAUCAAAUAAUAAGCUUUUCAAACGUAAUUAUUCCAGCUAACUCAUCUGAAUGGGUAUCACUGCAGUUACUUGGGCACUAGAACUGAUGCUCUUACUGGAUAUCGGAUAUUGAAAAUUUGCGUUUUUAAUUAUUUCAUAAAUCUGGUGGCCUUUUACCCCAACCAAACUCUAUCAAAGGGAUUCUUCUAUACACGCCCAUGCAACUGACAUAGUAAAACUGUCAUUUACACAGCAAUAAAUAUUUCCGGGUAUAUAAACUCAUAAGAUGAUUGCUUUUUCUGUAUUAUUUCGAGUUAAUAAAUUGUUAUUUUCCCUUUUACAGAGCGGAUGAAGAUAUGUGCCCUGUAUUAUCGGCCGACCAAGAGGCAAUGAAUUCGACAAAGAAACAGCAAACGUUGUAAUGUAACGUAAAAAAUUCUGUGGAAGAAAAAAAUAGUAGAUAAUAGCCACUAUUAGAUCUACAAAACCCUUUUUAAAAUCCUUUUUUAGUUGUGUAUGUCGAACGCAGUAUAUUUAUACUUUACAGACAAUUGUUCUUCAAAUGCGU